AUGUGGAGAGAGACAGUGUGCGUUGUGGUUGUGUGGGUCAUACGGAGGUGGCUGAUGCAGAGAGGGUCUCUAUGUUUGCGGAGAUGUGGCUAUGACCCAACAAGGGCACCAUUGUGGUUGGUGACAGUGACCAGUUAUGCACGGUGGCUGGUCGGUGGUGACAUUAUGUAUGGCGUGGAUUCGAAGCUGUAUGUGUCGGUCUCGAGGUUGUAUGAAUUAAUGGUCAGUUGGAAAAUGCAACAGUUGCUGUUGAUGCAUUGUCUGUAUGAGAAACUUGUUGGUGGUCUUGAUGGUUCGAUGAGUCAGCGAGAUGCUAGUUUAGAGUCCAUAGCUACAAUUCUUAAAAAUAAUCCAGGUGCUGUCUCGAAGUUUGUGGAGCUUCAAAAUGGAAGAGCGCUGCGUUCUGUAAUUGAAUUAACCAGGGAUCGAUUCUCCCGGACAAUGUUACUGGCAUGCUUGUGCCUGAUCUGUAUAAAGAAUUCUUCAUCGUGCUUUCUGCAAGAUAUAGCGAUCAAAACCAAAUUGAUAUAUAUUUUGCUUGAGCUCCUUGAUGAUUCUGGUCAAGUUGGAGAAGAGGCUUCCUUUGCUUUUUCGAGUUUAGUUGCUGGAAAGGAAGAUUUGUAG